CUCCAGCCAUUGGUGUCUGUGUCAUUACUAACAGAGUCUUGUAAACACUCGUUAAUCACGUACGGUCGCCGGCCUAGGGCUCCGCAAGCCAGCCUGUGGCGGGUCUUCCCCGCCUCUACAGCCAAGUGGGAAGGAGGUGGGAGAAAAGCAGGAAGAAAGGGAGGGAGGGAAGGAGGAGGCAGGCCAGAGGGAGGGACCGCCUCCGAGGCAGAAGCUCCGCGAGGAGCCAGCGGACAUCGCCCGCCCGGGCGCAGCUACCCGCCGCUCCUCGUGCCCCCGGCCCUUCCCCUUCGCGCGCCCGGCAGCCUUCAGCGUCCGUCCCCAGGCAGCAUGGUGAGGUGUGCUCCUGGGCCUUUGCCACCAUGUACGUGAGCUACCUCCUGGACAAGGACGUGAGCAUGUACCCCAGCUCCGUGCGCCACUCUGGCGGCCUCAACUUGGCGCCGCAGAACUUCGUCAGCCCCCCGCAGUACCCGGACUACGGCGGCUACCACGUGGCUGCUGCGGCCGCGGCGGCAGCGAACUUGGACAGCGCUCAGUCCCCGGGGCCGUCGUGGCCCACAGCCUACGGCGCCCCGCUUCGCGAGGACUGGAACGGUUACGCGCCGGGGGGCGCAGCGGCCGCCGCCAACGCCGUGGCGCACGGCCUCAACGGGGGAUCCCCGGCCACUGCCAUGGGCUACAGCAGCCCUGCCGACUACCACCCGCACCACCACCCACACCACCACCCUCAUCACCCGGCAGCCGCGCCUUCCUGCGCCUCGGGAUUGCUGCAGACACUCAACCCCGGGCCGCCCGGGCCCGCUGCCACCGCCGCCGCCGAGCAGUUGUCCCCCGGCGGCCAGCGGCGGAACCUGUGCGAAUGGAUGCGGAAGCCGGCGCAGCCGUCCCUCGGGAGCCAAGUGAAAACCAGGACGAAAGACAAAUAUCGAGUGGUGUACACGGACCACCAGCGGCUGGAGCUGGAGAAGGAGUUUCACUACAGUCGCUAUAUUACCAUCCGGAGGAAGGCUGAGCUGGCUGCCACACUGGGGCUCUCGGAGAGGCAGGUUAAAAUUUGGUUUCAGAACCGCAGAGCUAAGGAAAGGAAAAUCAAUAAGAAGAAGUUGCAGCAGCAGCAGCAGCAGCAACAGCAGACACAGCAGCCGCCACCGCCUCCGCCUCCGCCUCAGCCGGGUCCCCUGAGAAGUGUCCCUGAGCCCUUGAGUCCUGUGUCUUCCCUGCAGGGCUCAGUGCCUGGCUCAGUCCCUGGGGUGCUGGGGCCAGCUGGGGGGGUGCUAAACCCCACUGUCACCCAGUGACUCACAGGGGCCUGUAGCGGCCAAGCAAUUCCAGGCCUGCAGCGGAGCAAUUCCAGACUGAGCCAUGAGGAACAUGGACUCUGCUGGAAUCCACAAGAGACC